UGUGUGUGUGUGUGUGUGUGUGUGUGUGUGUGUGUGUAUGUGUGUGUGUGUGUGUGUGUGUGUGUGUGUGUGUGUGUGUGUGUGUGUGUGUGUGUGUGUGAGUGAGUGAGAGAAAGGAGUAGGAGGGGGGACUGAAAACCACCAUCCUCUAAAAACACUGUCCUGUUUGGACUUCAUUAGACAUCAUGUCACCUCAUGGGCAGUGAGAAGAAGGAUCUGAACAGCAGCCUCAGGUCUGUGUUGUGUCUGUCUGAUUAUAUCUAAAAUAUUUAUGUUAAGUAAUCUUUGACUUUGCUCAGUGUCUCAAAUUACACCUCUAAACUUAUAGUUCUGUCUAAAGGUUCAAAUUAAAGUUGCGGGGGAAAAGGAAAAUGUUUUGAAAUAUAUAUUUAUUUUAUUUCAGAUCUCUGGGGGGAUUUCACGAUGGAUUUCUGGUCAGACAAUCAGGGACAACCACAUGUUUACACCAGAUAUGGUACUGCUCCUGGGAUAAACUGUGUACACAACUGUCACGUCAGACAUGAAAGAGAGACCAGGAACUGGACUGUUGCAGGAUCAAAAACUGCUCCACACGGGUACACACACUGGAUGGAUCCCUCCAUUUCUUCCCCCCACCUCCCUAUUAUGUUGGACUCUUGGCGCCACCAGGUGGAGUAUCAGCAACACAAAGGCAGUGACAGGGAGUGGGCGUCUCAUAGAGCUGUGAGGGACUAUGAGAGAGGAUAUACGAAGGACGGGUGGCAGCGGAGGUGGGAGCCCAGCAACACACUUGGUUGUAACCAAGAAUUUCCUGCCAAGAGAAACGACAGCAGCUAUCGAGAGCUGGAGGCUUGGGCGGCGCGGUACAGUCACUCACUGCCAAGGAGGAGACGUUUAGAGGCUGAAUUAUUGGGAACCUCCCAGGGGCUGGUAGGGAGGGACCCCAGAUACAGGACAGGACCUCAAACACACCUGCAGCAUGUCCAAUUAGCUCCAUGCAGCAUGGUAUCUGAGCUGUGGGAGAGAGGACGCAGACAGCACGCUCCAUCAACAACUCCUGCCCCUGACAGAAAUUACAUGAAGGAAAACUCCAGCUACCAGAGGGGAAUAUUCAGCCAACCUCCAGAAUAUGUGGGUCCUCCUCCCUACAAUAAUCCUCUUAAAACCUCCCCUAUAAAAGACCACGAUGACACAAGUUUGGAACAGCUUGGUAAGAGACAAGUCUACUGGUCACAGCUGACACCCAGAAAGCAAGCUGGCGCUGCAGAUGUAGAAAAUAGGGAAUUCAGGAAGUCUGUAGAAAACAAAAGCUGCCACAAGCUGGUAGGCUUAAAACAGGAGGAGGCUGCUUCACAGGAAGCAAAUCUCACGAAAGCUCAGAAAUCUCAGAUGCUGACAGGAAGCAUGUCGGCUCUACAACAUCCAAGCAGAAAGCAGGAAACAAGCUCAAAGAUUAUCGAAGGAAGGAAGUUCAGACUAAACAAAAAAACAGGUGGGAUGACCAUUUUCUGCCUCGUGUCUCGAAUCGCCGGUGCCUCUGGAACAUCGUCUUUGCCGGUUUGCACCUCCCAAACAUCCAUUCAAAGUCCAGAAAGAAGAGAGGUUUCUUUUGAUCUAAAGGACAGAUCUGAGAUCAGCCAGCUUGCAGAUGAAGUGGACUUCAGAGCACCAAGCUGCAUAGGAAAGGAGAUGCUUGAGGACAAUCUAGGAGACAGAGAUGUUAUCUCCCUGGAAAACAUUGCUGAAAAUAAUGAUUCUACAAGCGUGGGACAAGCAGGACCAUCGGUGCAGCCUGUGUCCCUCAGAUAUCCUUUAUGGAGAGAGCCUGGUUCUACGAGUUCAGCUGUGAGUAACCAUAAGAUGGACAAAGACGUAAGCAAAGUGAACACUGAGGACAGGAAGGGUCUACUGGUUAUAGACACAAGCUGUGUUGUCGUUAAAGUGGAGCUGAUUCCUUCACCCAAGAAAGUGCCUGUUCAAAAUUUGUUCUCUUCUACAAAUGAUCAAACUUUUAUUUCCUCUGACUUAAACCAGCAGCUGGAGGACGACCCGCCAAGUCAGCAAAACAAAGACGCUUUAAAAACGAGUGAAGCUCUGGAAACUGAUCUGGAUUCGGAGAAAGAGAAGAAGGUAGAAAGUGACGUCCCUUUGCCCAGCGUCCAGCCACCUCUGCUUUCUGAACCAGACACUUUGGAGGAGCGAGCUGAAAGAAUCCUUGGGAUCUGUCUAACCGACGGUGUGGUGGAGCAGCAGCCUGAAGGAGAAGAACCGAACUUUGACUUGAAGGAUGAGGAAGCGGAGCUGUCUCCGGAGGACGCAGAGACACAAAACCCUGCUGAGGUUCUACAACCUGAGGAAACUGACUGUUUGGAAAACAGUAAGGACUUCAGACCUCUGGUAGCAGAAGAUGAAAACAAGGGAGUGGCAGAUUUGUCGCAAGACACUGCUGACCAACAUCUUAAAACUUCCAUUGAAGAAGCUGAUGAAACACAGCUUGAAUCCACAAGUAAAACAGAUCAGAAACAAGACAAAACUCUCCUUGUUGAGGAUGAAUCUCCUAAAUCUCCUGACUUCUCCCACUCUUUGUUUCCUCCUCUCCAUCCUUCAUUUUCUUCAGCAUUAACAGAGUCAAACACACGGGUACAGCUCGAUCCUGACCUGGUGACAUCCUCAGCCCUCACUAGCACCUCACCCUUCUCUUUGCUGCAGCUUCCCUCUCCUCCCUCUGAAUCAGCGGACUCUUCCUUUGACUUCACUUCUCACACAGACCAGCUACCAAGUCCUACUCCUCUUGAAGCAACAAUUCCAGCUACUGAUGAAGAAUCUGGAGCUGAACACGAGCAUGAAAAGAGUGAAAGCAAAAUCAACAGGGACUCCCUUACCUCAGACAUGAAGGAGGAAGUGAUGUCACAGCAGAAAGAUACAGGUGAUGCAGCUAAAGAACCGCAGAAGCACCCAGAUGUCAAAACGUUGCCUCAACAGCUUGGAUGUGGUGAGGCUGAAGAUGAAAAGUCUUCUAAAGAAAGCAACGAGGGCAUCACUGAUAUCAUACAGACACCUGAAGCAGAAGAAGAGAGGGAAGAAAAUCCAAGUGAUGGUCAAGACGUCAUCCUUCUCCAACAGCAAUGGGAGUUUAACCAACAUGAGGAUGUUUUACGCCUAGAAGAAAGCGAUGCCAUUCAAAGUUGUGAUCUUAUUACAGGCCUUAGUCAAGACACAAACGCGCAUAUUCAGAUAAAUACUGAAAUCUUGCUAACACACGUCUCCAUUCCCUCUCAUUCAUCAGCUUUAGAGGAGGAGUCACUCUUAGGUGAGCUCCCACUUCCCAGCAUCCCAACUCUUCCUUCUGCAUCUCCUGAGUCCAAGAAAGACCGUGGUCCUCUUUUGGAAAUGGUCUCGGUCUGUAAUUCACCACUGAUUGUUGACAUUCCUGCUGCACAUACUGCAGAAAUCACUACUCCUGUUUUUGAUCUGGACCCUUGUGACGAGUCCACCCAGUUCCCAUGUUCUGCCUCCUCUUCACCCCCCGUUUCACCUCCGACUACCACUUCACACGAUGAAAACCUUUCUCCACACUUUUCUCCAUCUGCUGCACACAAAGAAAAAGCUCAGUAUCCAAAGACUCUUCGGGACGUGGUGAAUCACAUCAGGAAGCAUACGGCGCCCAACUCCGAGAGCGAAGACGAGGAGGUGAGCGAGCUGUGGGACCCGGAAGUUGUUUGCGAAGAUGUGAGUUAUUUAGAUGUGGUGGUGGAUAAAAAACUUGAGAACAUGGAUGAAGUAGGAGAGCCAGAUGUUUUAAAGAAACGUGCUGAGAUAGGACACAUGGAGGAGGACGGGAAGGAGCCACACGAUGAUGAAGACACUCAGUCCUGCGGCGGUCCCAGCCGCCACGUCUCUGAUGACAGAGUUCUCAUAGUGGAUGAGAAAACUAGACUUCAUGCCAACAUAGAGAGGAGUAAUGAGGAGUUUGACUCAGCUCAAGGAGACAUUUGCUGCUCUAGUGAUGCACAAGAGGAAACCUCAUCUGGAAGUGAAGAGGAGGCGGAGCCAAAUAAAUCUGGUGACAGUGAGGAGCAUCCAGCGGAGGAGGAGAAUGUGACAAACCAGACAGAUUCUAAUGAGGUCAAAGGUUAAGAUUACACAACUUUAAUCUGAUCCUAUGUCAAAUCUGUGUUGAAUUUAAUAACACUUGAAAAUAUUUUACUAACAACCUUUAUUACAUAUUUGAAACUAGUGUCAAGUACUUGUACUUCAUCUCUAGUAUCGGUGUCGUUUUAAAAGCUUUUAUUUUCAUUUGCUGAAGGGUGAAAACAAGGACUAGUGAGGUUAUAUCUGCAGCUUUAGAGACGUGUUGUAGAAAUAGAUCAACAGGUUGUUUUGUUGUGUGCUGAUUAAGUUUAGUACAAAUAAAGAAAAGCUUGACAGAUU